CCUUCUCCUUCCUUCCUUUGGUGAAGACCAACAGCUUGAUUUUUGCUUCGUUUUGACUUCCCUUCACUUCCUUCACAAGCCUCGACAUCGCAGCCGCAGCGCAGUCUUGAUCACCUGAGCGAACAGGCCAUGGCUCCUUCGAAGCUCGGAGUGGUCGCGGCCGCACUUGCAAUCGCAGCCGUCGUCCUACCUCUGAAACCGCCGGCCCGUCUCCUCCACCCGCCUCCCGUCCCCGGAGCCCACGACCGCCUCCACGCUUCCAAGGUGUUGCCGGUCGCCGGAGCUUUCGGGCCCGAGAGCCUCGCCUUCGACCCCAGCGGCGGCGGCCCGUACACCGGCGUCGCCGACGGCCGGAUCCUGAAGUGGGAGGGCGACGAGCGCGGGUGGGUCGACUUCGCUGUCACUUCCUCUCAGAGGAAGGAAUGCAUUCGCCCAUUUGCACCAGAGUUGGAGCAUGUUUGUGGAAGGCCUCUAGGACUCCGUUUUGAUAAGAAAACUGGAGAUCUCUAUAUUGCGGAUGCAUACUUCGGGCUUAUGGUGGUGGGUCCAGAUGGUGGUUUGGCCACUCUGGUGGCUAAUGAAGCUGACGGUGAGCCCUUGCGCUUCACCAAUGAUCUGGAUAUCGAUGAGAGCGAAGAUGUGAUCUACUUUACAGACUCAAGCACAACUUUCCACAGAAGAGAAUUUAUGAAUUCAUGUCUCAGUGGAGACAAAACUGGCCGGUUGAUGAAAUAUGAUAAGUCGAACAAGGAACUAAAAGUCCUAUUGCGAGGACUUGCUUUUGCCAAUGGAGUAGCAUUGAGCAAAGACGGUCUGUUUCUGCUGGUGGCGGAAACCGCUACUUGCCGAAUCUCAAGGCUUUGGCUUAAGGGCCCUAAUGCAGGAAAGUUUGACAUCUUUGCCGAGUUGCCCGGUUACCCAGACAACAUCAGGAGGAACUCCAGAGGCGACUUCUGGGUCGGCUUGCAUGCCAAGGAAGGACCGGUCGCGAGGUUCCUUCUAUCCAAUUCUCUCAUUGGGAAUUUCGCUCUAAGACUGCCUAUCAGUUUCCAACAGCUGCACUCGCUGUUUGUGGGAGGGAAAGCUGAUGCCAUCGCUGUCAAGCUGGGCAAGGAGGGAGAAAUUCUGGAAGUAGUUGAAGACACGGAGGGGAAGACUGUGCAGUUCAUAAGUGAAGUUGAAGAGAGGGACAAUAAGCUGUGGAUUGGAUCGGUGAUGAGGCCUUUUAUCGCUAUUUUCGAUUUGGAUUGAGGUGUUUAUUAAUCUUGAGUUGUAAGAUCGGUGAGCACACGGUAGCUUCCAAGGUUGAGGGGUCAAACUGAUCCUGUUCUCGCCCAUCAUCCUAUGCCAUUUGCAGUGUAUCUUGUAGAAAGGUACAUGGUGCCCUGUAU